ACUUACCACCCAUCUCUUUCUCCAUCUGCAAUUUCAUUUUCAGCAAGGCUCCCCUCUGUCCACACUUUGUUUAGCUCUUGAUCCACUCUUUAGCCAUAUUUUGAAGGAAUCAGCUCUCCUCUGCUAUCAUUUCAUCAACCAGAUCUCCUCUCCUUCACAUUCUGCUGCAGCAUACAUCGUCUUAGCAGCCAUCUCUUCUAUUCCUCUCUCUCUUGGAUCACGCACAUCUCCACUACUUUUCACUAUUCAAAAAAAAAAGCUAAAUCCAAGAACCUUGUUCCUCAUUAUGGAAGCUGUUGGAAACGCUGCUCUCUGUGUUUCCUUGGAGCGGUUGAUCGACUAUUUGGGAUCCAAGUUGCUUGGAUGGUGGAAUCAACAGGAGCAGGUUGGUGAUGACUUGCAAAAUUGGAAGAGUCUUUUGCCCAAAAUACGGGUUGUGCUUGAUGAUGCGGAGAAGAGGCAAACAGCCGAUCCUGCUGUGGAGACGUGGCUUUCUGACCUCAGAGAUUUGGCUUAUGAUAUGGAGGAUGUCUUUGAUGGAAUAGAGGCUGAUGAACGAAGGAAGGAAUUGACUGCAAAAACUGAUCAACCCAGCACAAGUAAGAAACGAAAGUGGAUCCAGAUGUGCACUGGCUUUAAUCAGGAUGAUUUGAUCCUGGAUCAUGAGGCUGUUUCCAAGAUAAAGGAGAUUUCUGUCAGAUUGGAACGUAUUGUGGGAGGAAAGGAAGCACUGGAGCUGAAAGUUGGAGAGGCAAGAAGUAGCAUAGCAGCUUCACGAUGGGAGCCGACCACUACUACUUGGUUGCCUGAAAUUCAUGUCUAUGGUCGAGAAGGCGACAAAGAUGCCAUUCUUCAAAAAGUGUUGAAUGAUGAAGAUGGUGAUGAAAACCCUCAUGUGAUUCCCAUUGUUGGCAUGGGUGGACUAGGGAAGACCACAUUGGCUCGACUUGUUUACAAUGAUGCUAGACUGAAGGGUGUGUUCGAGCCUAAAGCUUGGGUGAACAAAAUGUUAUCUGGGAAGAAGUUUCUACUUGUAUUGGAUGAUGUUUGGAGUGAGGACUAUCACUGUUGGGACGUAUUGCAAAGAGUUUUUGUAUCAGCUGCAGUUGGGAGUAAAAUAAUUGUUACAUCACGCAUUGAUGGUGUUGCCAAAACUAUGGGAGCAAGUGAUAGAAUUUAUCGUCUUAAAGUGCUUCCAGAGGACCAAUGUUUGUCAUUAUUAGCUAGACAUGCAUUGGGAAGGGAGAACUUUGAUGCACACUUGAAACUCAAAGAUAUUGGUGUUGAAAUUGUAAAGAGGUGCAAAGGGUUGCCAUUAGCCGUAAAAACCCUUGGGGGACUCCUUCGUGGUGAGCUAAAUCCUGACAAGUGGGUCAAGGUAUUAAAGAGUGACAUGUGGGAAUUACCAGAAGGAAGAAGUCACAUUCUUCCAGCUUUGAGAUUGAGCUAUCAUCAUCUUCCUGCUCAUCUAAAAAAAUGCUUUGUCUAUUGUGCUAUUUUCCCAAAAGAUCAUGAAUUUCGCAAGGAUGAUUUAAUUUUAUUAUGGAUGGCUGAGGGAUUUUUGCAACACCAGAAGAACGGAGGGCGGCAACUGAAAGGCAAAGGAGAUGAGUGCUUUUCUGAGUUACUAUCAAGAGGGCUUUUCCAACAAUCAAGCAAUAAUCAAUCAUACUUUGUGAUGCAUGACCUUGUGCAUGAUUUAGCUGAAUAUGUUGCAGGAGAAACAUGUUGCAAUCUUGAAAAUAUGAUACAGAGUGAGAAAAUGGAGCCCAAUAAUUUGCGGACAUUCCUAGUAUUAGCUCGUGAUUGGGAACGUUUUCCUGUGGAUGGAUUUUAUCAGAAGUUCAUACAAAAAUUAAGAUGCCCAAGGGUCUUAUCUUUGCAUGGUUGGACAAUAUCAGAGCUUCCAAAUUCAAUUGAGAAAUUGAAGCAUUUACGUUACAUAGAUUUGUCACGUAGUGCAUUACAAAGCUUACCGAGUUCUGUGAGUUCUCUUGUGUACUUGCAAACAAUGAUACUAUUCAUGUGCCAACAAAUCACGGAGUUGCCAGCUGGAAUUGUGGAUUUAGUUGACUUACACCAUCUUGAUAUUAGGGGUACAUCUCGCUUACAAAAGAUGCCACCCCUAAUGGGCAAUUUGAAAAAUCUUUUGAUGUUGCCUAAAUUUAUUGUGGGAGAAUCUGGUGGGCUGAGAUUAAAAGAGUUGAGCAACUUGAAGGAUCUACAAGGUGAGCUACUUAUCGAACAUCUCCAUAAUGUCUCUGAUAUUGAAGAUGCCAGCAAGGCUAACUUAUUUAAGAUCGAGGGCCUUGAAGAGCUAACAUUGGCAUGGACUAAUGACUUCCAGACUUCACGAGGAGAAAGUUAUGAAUUGCAGGAACUGUAUCUGCACGAUUGUAAAGAGGCAGUUCUCAACAGUGUUUUUGAUUCCACUUCACUCACCGGGUUGGAUAUUAGCAGAAUUUCAGAGCUUACUUGCUUGCCUAGAAGCAUCACGCAAAACAUGACCGCACUUGAGACUCUGACAAUUUAUGACUGCCGUGAACUUAUUUUCUUAUUGGAGGAUGGAGACAGUCUGUCAAGCUUUUCUAGUCUUAAGAGGAUGUCUAUUGAUGACUGUCCAUGCCUCAAAUCUUUUUCGACAGGUGAGUUACUUGCCAGACUUGAAGAGUCCACAGUUGAGAAUUCUGAAAAAUCUGAGUUCCUACGAGAGGGUGAUGAUAACAGCACUGUGACAGUGAAUCUUGAAAGAACGAGUGUUUCUGGUUUGGAAAAACUCAAUUUCCCUAUUGAUUGCAUGCACAAUCUCGGUCGUCUCUGCUACUUAUCAAUAGGUGAUUGUAAAAGUUUUGAGUCCUUACCAGAAAGGUUGCUGUCUACCUCCACUCUUAAAACUCUGACGAUUUCAGGUUGUGGUAAUCUCAAGUUUCUGCCCAAUGGAAUGUACAAUUGCACGUCUCUCCAUGAAUUGAUUAUAAGAAAUUGUCCAGUUAUAACAUCCAUUGCAGAGGGAGGUUUACCACCGAAUCUUAAAAGGCUUGUGAUCGAUUGUGAGGGCUUGAAGCAGUCAACGUUAGAAUGGAGGCUUGACACGCUUACGUCUCUUGAGAUACUUGAGAUUCGCUGGAUAUGUCCUCCGGAUGAUUUACUUCCCACUUCCCUAAAAACUCUUUCAAUAGAAAGAGUGGGUAAUCUGGAAUCCAUAUCUCAAGGGCUCCUCCAAAACCUUGCUUCUCUUCAAAAGUUGAGAUUUAGGGAUUGCCCGAAUCUCAAGACUUUGCCAAAGGAAGGUCUGCCUCCCUCGUUGGAAGUGUUCGACAUCAGAGAUUGUCCACUUCUAGAACAACGGUGCUUGAAGGAAAUAGGAGACUAUUGGCCCCUUAUAUCCAGCAUUCGGGAGAUAAAUAUACCGUCAAUUGGACUCAGAUCUCAGAGCGUAGAGUUUGAUUAUACCUGGUAGUUGUGAACAUAGGCGGAAUCAGUGAAUUUGAGCAAAUUUUGGAGUUGAAUCUAAUGUGGAACUGGUUGACGUUGAUACUGCAGAUGCUGGCAUCAUACAGAAUGUAGGAGAUGCAUAAGAGAGAGGAGUUACAGUCUUAAGUCAGUGCCAAAUGCAGAAGCUUAUGAUACUCUUUAUGAUAGUUUGUUAUUUGAGAAACAUUUGAUAAAGUUGAUUAUUGGAA